CCUUUGCCCUUUGCCUAGCUAUAUAAACCCUACUUUCCUUCUCUUAGUCUUCAUCAAUAACCAUCUUGUCCAAGUUAAUUACUUGGUUUUUCUACCACAAGAUGGCUUCUAGGUUUCUUCUUCUUGCUCUUCUUGGUGCCCUUGUUUGCACCGUUAUUGAUGCUAGGAAGCUUGGGAGUGAGAAGGGUUCGUUUAGGGAUGAGAAGAACUUCUUUCAUCGUCCAGGGUUUGGAGGAGGAGGUGGAGGCGGUUUUGGCGGUGGCGGAGGAGGAGGGUUGGGUGGAGGUGCAGGAGGAGGGUUGGGUGGUGGUGCAGGAGGAGGGUUUGGUGCUGGUGCUGGUGCCGGUGCCGGUGCCGGUGCCGGUGGUGGAGCCGGAGGAGGGUUUGGAGGAGGCGGUGGUGGAGGAUUUGGCAGCGGAGGUGGAGUUGGUGGAGGAUCAGGGUUUGGAGGAGGAGCCGGGUUUGGUGGUGGUGCCGGUGCUGGUGGCGGACUUGGAGGAGGUGGUGGUGGAGGGUUUGGAGGCGGCGGUGGCGGUGGACUCGGCGGUGGUGCCGGUGGAGGAUUUGGUGGUGGAGCUGGAGCUGGAGCUGGAGCUGGAGCUGGUGGUGGAUUUCCAUGAAAACAUUAAUAUUGUUGCACUCUCCAUAUAAAGAGGACAUUCUAGAUAAGCAGCUAUUCUUUGUGUUUAGCAUUAAUAACAUGUAACUUUCAUAAUGUUCACGUACUUAUUCACUUGUUUGUUUCAAGCAUUUAUGUUUCAAGUGAAAAUAAUUAAUUCUUAAAUUGAAUGUUAUUAACUCUUGUUUAGCGUUAUUA